AUGAUUACUUCAGAUUUGCCAGUACUACAGGAUUCUACAAAUGAAACUACUGCACAUUCAGAUGCUGGCAGUGAGCUUGAAGAAGGAGAAGUCAAAGGAAAAAGAAAAAGGGGCCGUCCUGGCAGGCCUCCAUCUGCCACCAAGAAACCUCGGAAGUCUCCAGCAGACAAGGGUCGUUCUGAGUCUGGAGCCAGAGGACCGAGUCGUGGAAGAGCCAAUGGCCACCCUCAGCAGAAUGGAGAAGGGGACCCCGUCACUUUGUUUGAGGUGGUUAAGCUGGGGAAGAGUGCUAUGCAGUCUGUGGUGGACGACUGGAUUGAAUCAUAUAAACAAGACAGGGACAUAGCACUUCUGGAUUUAAUCAACUUCUUUAUCCAGUGUUCAGGAUGUCGAGGUACUGUCAGAAUUGAAAUGUUCAGGAACAUGCAAAAUGCAGAAAUCAUAAGGAAAAUGACAGAAGAAUUUGAUGAGGACAGUGGUGAUUACCCACUGACCAUGCCUGGCCCACAGUGGAAGAAGUUCCGAUCCAACUUCUGCGAGUUCAUCGGGGUGCUGAUCCGGCAGUGCCAGUACAGCAUCAUCUAUGAUGAGUACAUGAUGGACACAGUCAUCUCUCUCCUCACUGGCUUGUCAGAUUCCCAGGUCCGGGCUUUCAGGCACACAAGUACAUUAGCUGCUAUGAAGCUUAUGACUGCUCUUGUGAAUGUUGCCUUAAACCUGAGCAUUCAUCAGGACAAUACACAGAGGCAGUACGAAGCUGAGAGAAACAAAAUGAUUGGCAAAAGAGCUAAUGAAAGACUGGAGCUGCUGCUUCAGAAAAGAAAAGAGCUACAAGAAAACCAAGAUGAAAUCGAAAAUAUGAUGAACUCUAUUUUUAAGGGUAUAUUUGUUCAUAGAUACCGGGAUGCUAUUGCUGAGAUUAGAGCUGUCUGCAUUGAGGAAAUUGGUGUCUGGAUGAAAAUGUACAGUGAUGCCUUCCUGAAUGAUAGUUAUUUAAAGUAUGUUGGCUGGACACUACACGACAGGCAAGGUGAAGUGAGGUUGAAGUGUUUGAAAGCUCUUCAGAGUCUGUAUACCAACAGGGAGUUAUUUCCAAAACUGGAGCUGUUCACUAAUAGAUUCAAGGAUCGCAUUGUAUCCAUGACACUGGACAAGGAAUACGACGUUGCUGUGGAAGCCAUUCGAUUAGUCACACUAAUACUGCAUGGAAGUGAAGAAGCUCUUUCCAAUGAGGACUGUGAGAAUGUUUAUCACUUGGUGUACUCAGCUCACCGUCCUGUGGCAGUGGCAGCUGGAGAAUUCCUUCACAAAAAACUGUUCAGCAGACAUGAUCCCCAAGCUGAAGAGGCUCUAGCAAAGAGGAGGGGGCGAAAUAGUCCAAAUGGAAACCUUAUUAGAAUGUUGGUUCUUUUCUUUCUUGAAAGUGAGUUGCAUGAACAUGCAGCCUAUUUGGUGGACAGUUUGUGGGAGAGCUCUCAAGAGCUGCUGAAGGACUGGGAAUGUAUGACAGAGCUGCUCUUGGAGGAGCCAGUCCAAGGAGAAGAAGCCAUGUCUGACCGGCAGGAGAGCGCGCUGAUCGAGCUGAUGGUCUGCACCAUCAGGCAGGCUGCUGAGGCUCAUCCCCCCGUGGGCAGGGGCACUGGCAAGAGAGUCUUGACAGCAAAAGAAAGAAAAACUCAGAUAGAUGACAGAAAUAAAUUGACUGAGCAUUUCAUUAUUGCACUUCCUAUGUUGCUGUCAAAGUAUUCAGCUGAUGCCGAGAAGGUUGCGAAUCUCCUGCAAAUCCCACAGUAUUUUGAUCUGGAAAUCUACAGCACGGGCAGAAUGGAAAAGCAUCUGGAUGCCUUACUGAAACAGAUCAAGUUUGUGGUGGAAAAGCAUGUGGAAUCAGAUGUUCUGGAAGCCUGCAGCAAAACCUACAGCAUACUCUGUAGUGAGGAAUACACAAUCCAGAACAGAGUUGACAUAGCCCACAGCCAACUUAUUGAUGAAUUUGUGGAUCGAUUCAACCAUUCUGUAGAGGAUCUGCUGCAGGAGGGAGAAGAAGCUGAUGAUGAUGACAUAUACAACGUGCUCUCCACAUUAAAGAGAUUAACCUCUUUCCACAAUGCUCACGAUCUCACCAAAUGGGAUCUGUUUAGCAACUGCUACAGAUUGCUCAGAACUGGAAUUGAACACGGAGCCAUGCCCGAGCAGAUCGUUGUUCAGGCACUGCAGUGUUCCCAUUACUCCAUCCUCUGGCAGCUGGUGAAGAUCACUGAAGGCUCCCCUUCCAAAGAGGACUUACUGGUAUUGAGGAAAACAGUGAAAUCCUUCCUGGCUGUCUGCCAGCAGUGUCUGUCAAAUGUCAACACUCCAGUCAAGGAACAGGCUUUCAUGCUGCUCUGUGACCUCUUGAUGAUUUUUAGUCAUCAGUUGAUGACUGGAGGUCGAGAAGGUCUUCAGCCCUUGGUAUUUAAUCCAGAUUCAGGCCUCCAGUCAGAACUUCUCAGCUUUGUGAUGGACCAUGUCUUUAUUGACCAAGAUGAUGAAAACCAGAGCAUGGAGGGAGAUGAAGAAGAUGAAGCCAACAAAAUAGAAGCUUUGCAUAAGAGAAGAAACCUUUUGGCUGCCUUUAGCAAGCUGAUCAUUUAUGACAUUGUGGACAUGCAUGCAGCAGCAGAUAUCUUCAAACACUAUAUGAAGUACUACAAUGACUAUGGAGAUAUCAUUAAGGAAACCCUGAGUAAAACACGGCAAAUAGAUAAAAUCCAGUGUGCAAAGACACUCAUUCUCAGUUUGCAACAGCUGUUCAAUGAGCUUGUGCAGGAGCAAGGUCCCAACCUGGACAGGACAUCUGCCCAUGUUAGUGGCAUCAAAGAGCUGGCCCGUCGCUUUGCCCUCACUUUUGGCUUGGACCAGAUCAAGACACGAGAGGCUGUGGCCACACUACACAAAGAUGGCAUCGAGUUUGCCUUCAAGUAUCAGAAUCAAAAAGGACAGGACUAUCCACCUCCUAACCUUGCUUUCCUCGAAGUGCUCAGUGAAUUUUCUUCUAAGCUCCUGCGACAGGACAAGAAGACUGUUCACUCCUACUUGGAGAAGUUCCUGACAGAGCAGAUGAUGGAAAGAAGAGAAGAUGUGUGGCUGCCUCUCAUCUCCUACCGCAACUCGCUGGUCACGGGUGGUGAAGACGAUAGGAUGUCUGUCAACAGUGGCAGCAGCAGCAGCAAAGCCUCCUCAGUGAGGAACAAGAAGGGACGGCCCCCGCUCCACAAAAAGAGAGUAGAAGAUGAGAGUCUAGAAGGCUCCUGGCUGAACAGGACUGAGAACAUCCACACCCCAGGGACACUGCAGCCACCACAGCUCACCUCAACUGUCUUGAGAGAGAACACCAGACAGAUGGGAGAGCAGAUCCAGGAGCACGAGUCGGAGCAGGGAUCUGAACAAGAUUUUUUACACAAUCCCCAGAUGCAGAUCUCUUGGUUGGGCCAACAGAAGCUAGAAGAUUUAAAUCGAAAGGACAGGACAGGAAUGAACUACAUGAAAGGCAGAACUGGUGUGAGACACGCAGUACGAGGUCUAAUGGAAGAUGACGCUGAGCCCAUCUUUGAAGAUGUAAUGAUGUCCUCACGAGGUCAGCUAGAGGAUAUGAAUGAAGAAUUUGAGGACACAAUGGUCAUUGAUCUGCCGCCCUCCAGGAACCGGCGUGAGCGGGCGGAGCUGCGACCCGACUUCUUUGACUCUGCUGCCAUCAUCGAGGACGAUUCCGGAUUUGGAAUGCCUAUGUUCUGAAGUCUGGUGAAGACAUUUUACAAAUUUGGAACUCUAUUGUUUAGAGCUAGAGGCCUAUAUACUGUGAUAGCUUGUAUGAAACCCACAUUUUUGAUGUGAUACGGUUUGAUUUUUAACCAAAUGAUUGAGGUCAGUCCCCUUUUGUGGUGACAGAAAGAAGAGGAACUUCCUAAUGACACAAAGGAACGGUGGCCAAUCCAGUCACCUCAGAAGGGCUGACCCAAAAAAUCAUUUGUAUCCCUGUUCUUGACUGUCCUAAUACAGAUAUUUUUUUCUUUCCUGGAUGAGGAGGAAGUUUCAAAUUGUUGCGACAGCUGCCGAAAUAAACACUGUUCUACACGUUUUCUGAAAACAACCUUGAGUGAAAACAGAACUUUUUAACUUUUUUUUUUUUUCCUGCUGUACAAUUUAAAACAGUUUUAACAUUUGCCUUUUUAUGUUUUAAAAGCUAGCCAUUUUUAUCCAAGCUAUGCCUAUCAGCCAUUGACUAGCAACGAGGCUGCCAGCAGCUCAGUCUGGCGACAGGAAAGUGUUGUUGAACACACUGGAUUUGAUGAACACGAUGGUACGUUAGAUCCUCUCGUAGGCAUUGAGAAGAA